AUGCGUAUUACUUUGGGCUCGUUUGGAAGUCUACGACGAGCAAAGACACGGAAUCGGAAUGAUGAACAAAUCGACAGUCGCAUGCUUUUGCCAGUCCAUAUCUCUCCCACGGUCUGUAAUGAAAGUGUUGGUCUGUCCAAAACAAAAUUGGCGGGCUGGUCUUGUGUCAUUGUUUUCGUUUCUGAUUUUUCGGGGACGCCGACGCCGUCGACUCAGCAUCUUCCGAUCUACUUCCACGGCAUCAUCCCGACAUCAUCGGUCGGACCGUGCUAUUGUCCACAGCUUUCCCACGCCGCCACAACGAGCACAGCUCAAUUCAGCUAUCCAUUCGCGGGGCGGUAG